CAUCACAAAGCCCUCAUAUGUACAUUCUCUUUGCUCCAAAACAAACAAACUGAUGAUCCAUGGCGAAUCACAAGACCACUGAGUCGGAAGAAGAGUCACUAUUCCGAUCCUACCCUUACGCCGUCUACUUCGUGCAAAGCCCUUCCACACUCUCUAACGCCAACAGCUCCCAUGACCUCCCCAACCCUAAUCUCGAAACCGCGAGAGCCACUCUCUCCCACUACUCUUCAUCCAGAGGCUCCAACAACUCCUUUCUGCACGACAAAAAAAGUGUCCUAGUUCCUUAUGAUGAUAAAAUUCAUGUCAAAAAUCUUCGGGUUUGCGAUGUCCUUGGAAACGACAAGGAGGUUGUGGAUGAAGAGGAGGACGAGGAGUAUUAUGGGAGUAGUCAUGGAAGGGAAAUGGGGUGGUGGAGAUAUUUUACCUUUCGGCAUUCUUCUUCGUGUGCGUGGAUAUGUUUGCAGAUUGUUUUGCGGCUUUUGGUCAGCUUGGGAUUGGCUUUGCUUGUUUUUUACUUUGCAACCAAGCCUCCUACUCCUAAGCUGUCAAUUAAGAUCGCAGGAAUUCGAGAAUUCGGACUCGGGGAGGGAGUGGAUGCGUCGGGUGUGACAACUAAAUUACUGACCAGUAACUUUUCGAUUCAACUUGUGAUCGAUAACAAGUCGAAGCUGUUCGGUCUUCACAUUCGACCUCCCAUCCUGUCAAUCUCCUAUACCAAUCUCCCCCCAUUCGCAAUCUCAGUGGGACAAGAACUAUAUGCAUAUAGUGAUGGAAAAACACGAUUCCAACUGAGCAUCGGAACGAAGAACAAGCCGAUGUACGGGGCAGGAAGAAGCAUGCAGGAUAUGCUCGAAUCUGGAAAAGGGUUGCCUCUAGAUAUUCGCAUGAGCAUAACGUCUAGUUUUCAUGUGAUUUCCAGCUUCGUGAAGCCUACAUUUCAUCAACAAGCCCGGUGUUUAUUAGUGCUCAACAGUUCGUACGACAAGAAACGUCGAACAACCAAGUAUAAAAGCAGCUGUGUUGUUCAUUAGUAGUAUUGUGAAUCAUCAUAAUUCUUUCGUAAAAUGUUCUUUGUGACUUGGCUCGGCUGAAGUCGCCUGAGUUUUCUCGUAUAUAUUUUAUAUACGUUAUGUAGAGUUGUGUUUCAUGAAAAUAAUCUAUAUAUUGUAUUAUAAGAAUCUGAAGAGGAGAAAAUGGAAGAAAAUAUAACAGAUUCUGAUAAUAGAAUUUU